CUGCCACAAGAAAGCAGAACGAAUUUACCAAAACAACCUGCGAUAUUCGCAUAACUCGUGAAUAAUUUCGUAUUUACACAUCUCAAAUCAAAUGAUUCAGCUUUCUCCGUCACAUUUUCCAAAAUUCGUCUCCAUUGAAAGUCCUUCCCCUCUUAACUCUCUCAGCACACAAACAAUACACACUCUCUCUCUCUCUCUCACACACACACACAACUCAGCUCUAAUGGCUCUGCAAGUUUCAAGGACACCUCCCUCCUCCAUUGGGUUAGUACCUUGUGCAUCUUCAUCAUGGUCCGCCAAAUUGUCCUCCAUGGUCUGUGUUGCUGGUGGUGGAUCAAUAAGAGAGAAGAGAGUUACUGUUAUGGGUAUGAAUAUGAAGAAGAACAAAAAGGUUGGGUGUGUGAAGGUAUGGUCAAGCUUGGACACCGCCGGACCGGUGGUGGUGGGUCAGGUGACGGAGGUCUGUAAAGAUACCUUCUGGCCUAUUGUCAAAGCUGCCGGUGACAAGACUGUCGUUCUUGAUAUGUACACUCAAUGAUAUGUACUGGAUGGGAUUUUACUGUACUAUGGAUCUAUGAAGGCAGUUUAAAGAAUUGGUCAAAUUGGGAGUGUAUCCUUUGCUUGAUUGUACUUGAACAAUUCUUCAUAGAAGUUACUAGUUAUGCAAUACCUUAACCUAUUUAUUUGGACCAACAAAAUUUCUGCUGAUAGCAUAUUGAUAUAAAACUACAAUGCCAAGUGUCCAAAUUUAUUUUGGACUGUGUUGCAAGGUGAAUAUCUAGAGAGGAUAUAAUAUGAUGUAUUGUUUCUUCUUAUGGUCUUUGGUCUUCUAUUUAUGGCUAGCAUCUUAUCAGGACCAUCAUAGUGAAUCAAUGUAUUUAUUCUAGGGUAAAUUGCACCAAUAGUCCGUAAGGUUUGUCACUUGUUACACUUUCGUUCCUAAAGUUCUAA